AUGGUGAAGAGAUUCGAAGUUCGGUUCCACCAGAAGACGACUUCGGAUUCCUCUCGACCAGCUGUCGAUUGGAAGAUUCGUGCUGACGCUGUUUCCGAGGCAAUCUCCUCCGAUUCCGGCGAAAAGGUGCUAAGCUUUCGUCAGAUGACGUACGAAAGCUUAGCACCUUUUCGCCGGAAUCGAAUGAGAUUGCCUCGGAAACAGCGUCACCAUGAAUGUUCCAGUAGAACCAAUCGACAGCUGGUCAAGAGGAAUCGGGCGUCGUCUUCUGGUGGAACCGAACUUCGAAUCUCUUCACUCAACACUUUAACUCGAAAUGGAACCUUGGCUAUUCUACGACCUGACUGCAGGUGGCCAAUGCAAUUUGAUCUUGAGCUUUACCCAUUUCUCACGGGCCAGCUGUCCGUCUGUCCGGUCCCACAAGAUCCCCUCGCCCGGAAUCAGCAGGUCUGCGGCCCAGCCUGCCUCCCUUCCGGCCCCAACUUUAAUACGUCACUGCGAAUGAGUUGUCCUGGCUGUGCUCAUCUGUCGAGUCGCCUUACUCUCUCUCUCACACACACACACACAUCAGUUGUGCUGGUCCCACUGUUGUCAGUUGUUUCAGCCCUUCAGCGGCCACAUGGUAGUCCCGUGACUGGACCAAAACUGAUACCGGGCCUCGAGGAAGCAACAAAGCUCUUCACGACUCAACGGGUUGCACAGUCUACGCGAAAGUCAAUGAUGCGUAUGAGACAAUUUAGAGACUCGCGCCCUUCACCCUCUCUCCCGCUCACUUGCUGUCUUCGUCACAUCAACAUGUUGUCCGUUGCUGCUCGACUCGCACGAUCUCGGUCAACUCAAAUGCUGUCUCCUCCAUCGGCGACACAUCUUGAUAAGUGUGACCCACCACCCACAAACAACGAAGCACGCCUAAAAUACACACAUACAGACAGGUGCGGGUCUCAAAGCCCCCGGGGCAGAAGACCCUCGAGGUCAGGCAGCAGGACCGGCCCACUCCCCUCCGGCUUCACACAACAAGCUGGUCAGUUUAUCCUAGCCCCAAGGGUGGGUGGGAGGCUGCAUCAAAAGGAGUGUGAUUGCAGCCAGACGCAAACACUGCCAGACUCACCAAGAAACCCACCUAACAGGAUGCAUACACAUAAGCAGACACACAUGUAUAUACGCGCCAUGUGUGUGAAUCCCACCUCUCCCAGUGGACCCAUUAGCCUUGGGUCGCCACACCCAUACACCUGUUCGAGACGGCUUCCACUUCUUCCGGUGGCGCGAUUAUGUCUAUCCAGUUCAACGGCCACGAGGCCUCUUUCUCCCCAAUUGCCUGCUUACAAUGUCCCCGAGCCGACGAGGUCAAUGUCCCCAAAAUCGCAGUCGAAAUCUGUAUGCCGCCUCAUCCUCCGACCAGUUCGCGUAAUUACUCACUCUUCACACGAUAGUGUCCAGUCAGAAGCGGCCAUUUGCUUGUAUUUGCAGCAAAAAAGAGCCCCAAUGUCUCUUCUUCCCGCCAUCACCUGCUGA